CCAUGCACAUAACCAUAGGCGGAUCUAUCGGGAUGGUAAAUGCGACCCUAAAAGCCUCGCCGCCCCCGUUGGCAGCAACGAAUUCAAAGAAAAGUUAUGGCGAAUUUGACAUUUAUAAGCGGGACUCUCCAAUGUCCAACUGCGAUGAAUGCAGCACGAGAUAACGCGAGAGCGGCAAGAGACUGCUUUGUUUGGAAAACAGAGUGGCGCGAAGCGAGGGAGCAAGGAGUCGCGAGGAAAGAGAAAAGACUGUCAAGAAAUGAAAUAACCAUGAAAGCAGAGUGCUAGCAUAAUUGCGAUGCUGAUUUUGAGAUGAUAAAAAUCGUGUUGAAGGACGUUAUUUCGCUAACUAUACAUGUAAUGUUAGCUAAGUCUGACGUUCUGUGUAAAGUAUGCUCCAAAAGCUAAUAUUGGUUCAACGUCUGUCAUAGAAAAUAUUGUGAAGUUACUCUGAAUCUUACGGAAAUGAAGAUAUAAGGUAGCAUAUGUAUUUUUUUUCUCACCAAAGAGAAAGGCGAAAAAAAUGGAAAAUGAACAACUGAGCAAGGUAGACGGACGAGAUGAGGUGGUAGGCGAGAGAGAAGACGAAGGUGCAGGGCUCAGACGGUGAAAGGGAAAGGAGAGUGCCUGAGCCAUCACCAACGAUCUCCAGUCAAGCUGGUCCACAUGGGUGUCCCGUGAGUGUGUCUGGAGCCCUGAAUAAUAAGCGGCACUCCUCCUCUCCAACCCCCAACAUUACCAAGUCAAUAGAGACGAGGAAGAGCGCUCAGCCUCCGCCAGCUUUUGCCCGUCAGUCCAACAUCUGCAGUGACGAAGCGAAGGCCCAAUGUGUGUGUGGAGAGGGAGGUGACGCUGGUCGCCCAGAGGCAGCCGUGUGUGCAGGCCUUCACACGCAUGGUUAAAGUGUGGAAGCAGGGCUGUGUGGGACAGUCAUGGUGCAUGGGAUACGAGAGGAGGACAGCAUACUACACUGCAUACAGACAAGUUUACAGACAGGAUUAUCAGACUGUGUACAAGUGUUGCCCUGGAUGGUCUCAGCUUAAUGGAGAAGCGGGUUGUCUGUAUCCCGUGUGUAGCUAUGGCGUGUGCUUCAAUGGGGGCCAGUGUCGGGAGGGCUCCACCCAACUUUGUGACUGUCCUGCAGGGUUCAACGGACCAAGCUGCCAGUACGAUGUGAAUGAAUGUGAGGAGACCAAUGGAGGCUGUGAGGCUCUCUGCUGCAACACCAUUGGAAGUUUCUACUGCAGGUGUCCUCCUGGACUGAAACUGAAUGAAGAUGGCAAAACAUGUCAUGAUAUUGAUGAGUGCCAGGUCCACAAUGGAGGCUGCCAGCACAGAUGUGUUAACACCAGGGGCUCCUACUACUGCGAAUGCCAUCCCGGCUCUCGCUUGCACGUAGAUGGUCGCACCUGUCUAGCUGUCCAUUCUUGUGCCAUCAGCAAUGGAGGAUGUGAGCACUACUGUGUGCAGCAGUCUGCCGCUCAUUUCCGCUGUCGCUGCAAGCCAAACUACGCGCUGGCAGAGGAUGGCAAGCACUGUAAAUUGCAGAAUCCCUGCGCGGAUCAGAAUGGGGGCUGCAUGCACGAGUGUCGGGUUGAUGGCGGCAGAGCUCACUGUGACUGUAAAGUUGGUUACAUCCUGGCAGAAGAUGGGAAAACAUGUGAAGAUAUCGAUGAGUGCAAGACCGAAGAGGCCAACUGUGCUCACGGCUGCCACAACACACUGGGCUCCUACGCCUGCGUGUGUCACACUGCCUACGAACUGGGAUCUGAUGGAAAGCAGUGUUACAGAAUUGAGAUGGAGAUCGUGAACAGCUGCGAGAACAACAACGGAGGCUGCUCGCAUCACUGCCAGCAUUCAACCAGCGGGCCUGUUUGUUCCUGUAACCAUGGUUACAGACUGGACGAUGACCUUAAGACCUGCGUUGACGUGGACGAGUGUGGAGAGCAGAGCUCCUGCUGCGAGCAGGACUGCACCAACUACCCUGGAGGUUAUGAAUGCUACUGCUCAGCAGGAUACAGACUCAACUCGGACGGAUGUAGCUGUGAUGAUGUAGACGAGUGUCUGGCUACUAAUGGCGGUUGUGAUCACACAUGCCAGAACAGCGCUGGUUCCUUCCAGUGUUUCUGCCGCCGGGGUUUCCGUCUGGACGAGGACCGGCAAUCCUGCAUCCCACUUGAAGAUGCGAUUGAGGCCCUGUCCAGCGGCGGUCCCAUCGAGUUGCCUCUCAUUCGCCCCCAGCUCACCUUAAUGCAGGACUACAGCCAACCCCUGGAGCGCUAUGACGACUAUGAAGAUGACGAGGGGGAACUGAGGGCCGAGAGCAACCUGGCAGAGAAAUUUGUGUGUUUGGAUGACACUUUCGGCAAUGACUGCAGUUUGACGUGCGAUGACUGUUCUAAUGGCGGAAAAUGCAAUCCGUGGAAAACUGGCUGCGACUGCCCCGAUGGGUGGAUCGGCAUCAUCUGCAACCAGACAUGCUCCGAGGGAUUCUUUGGUAAAAACUGCUCCUUCCCUUGUAAAUGUAAAAAUGGUGCCAGCUGUGAUCCCGUCUCUGGAAGCUGCCGCUGUCCGCCCGGGGUCAGUGGGGACUUGUGCCAGGAUGGCUGUCCUAAGGGCUUCUAUGGGAAGCAGUGCAACAAGAAGUGUAAUUGUGCCAAUAAUGGACGCUGCCACCGGACCUAUGGAGCCUGUCUGUGUGAUCCUGGACUCUACGGACGCUUCUGCCACCUCCCGUGUCCUAAGUGGACCUUCGGCCCGGGCUGCUCUGAUGAGUGUCGGUGUGUGCAGAAGAAUACGCUGGAGUGUCACCGCAGACACGGCACAUGUGUCUGUAAACCUGGAUACCAGGGCAACACCUGUAAGGAAGAAUGCAACCCGGGUACUUAUGGCGCCGGCUGUGAGAAGAAGUGCAUCUGUCCGCAAGGAGUGUCGUGUGAUCAUGUGACUGGAGAGUGCCAGAGAAAAUGCCCUCCUGGUCGUCAUGGAGAGAACUGUGAUCAGGACUGUCCAGAAGGAAGGUUUGGACCGGGCUGUGUUCAUCCUUGUAUCUGCACCGGAGCUCCAUGUGACAAAGUGACGGGACAGUGCAUGUGUCCAGCAGGAACAUCAGGAAAGCACUGUGAGAACUUGUGUCCGGAGGGUUUCUGGGGUCCGGGCUGCACGGAAACCUGCCCAGUUUGUGAGAACCGAGGCGUGUGUGAUAAACACAACGGCUCGUGUAGCUGUCCUCCAGGGUUCAUGGGCAGAUUCUGCCAGAACUCGUGCCCAAGCGGACGUUUCGGUCAAGGAUGCCAGAUGAAGUGCGUGUGCGAGAACAACGCCCGCUGUGACCCGGUGACUGGGCGGUGUACCUGCGCUCCUGGCUGGACGGGACACAACUGCAGGAAAGCCUGUGAUGCAGGCCACUGGGGCACAGACUGCGCAGAAACAUGCGACUGUAGGAACGGCGACGGGAGCUGCGACACUUUGACCGGCCAGUGCAACUGUGAGGCCGGUUACACCGGAACACGCUGCCAUCAAAAGUGUCCUGCAGGUAUGUUUGGUCUCGGCUGUCGUCAUCGGUGUCAGUGUGACAACAAGGCGUUGUGCGACCAUGUGAGCGGAGCUUGUACCUGCCAGGUGGGAUGGACUGGGACCUUCUGUGAAAAGCCGUGUCCUCAGGGUUUCUUCGGGCUGGACUGCCAGGAGAAGUGUUUGUGUCUGAAUGGUGGGAGCUGCGAUGCCGUCAGUGGAGUUUGCUCCUGUACCGCCGGCUGGAUCGGUCCCUUCUGCAACCUCACGUGCCCCACAGGUUCCUAUGGGGAAGGAUGUAACCGAACCUGUAGUUGCCGUAACGAUGGCAUCUGCCACCCGGCCAGUGGACGGUGUGUCUGCAUGCCAGGCUGGACCGGACCCAACUGCACAGAAGAAUGCCCUGCAGGGUUUUAUGGAGCAGAUUGUCAGCAGCGCUGCUUGUGUCAGAAUGGAGCCACUUGCAACAAGACCAACGGAAAGUGCACAUGUGCCAGCGGGUGGACGGGCACGGCCUGUGAACUGGAGUGUGUCGCCGGCUGGUUCGGGGCCGACUGCCAGCAGCAGUGUGAAUGUGAGAAUGGCGGCCAGUGUGACAGACAGACCGGACGGUGCAGCUGCAGCGCCGGCUGGGUCGGAGAGCUCUGUGAGAGAGCAUGCGCACCAGGCCUGUUUGGCGCCGGCUGCGAGGAGAGAUGUCAGUGUGUGCACGGGGCCUCAUGUCACCAUGUCACUGGACAGUGUCAGUGUCCAGCUGGCUGGAGAGGAAAACUCUGUGACAAAGCGUGUUUGCCGGGCACGUAUGGGAAGGGUUGCAUGCAGCGCUGCAGCUGCGCUCAGGGCACAUCCUGCCACCACGUCUCUGGAGACUGCGGCUGUCCUCCUGGAUUCACAGGCAAUGGCUGCGAACAGACUUGUCUUCCAGGAACAUUCGGACAGAACUGUAACCGGGUCUGUCAGUGCUCCCAGACAAACCAGCUCUGCCACCCAGUGUCUGGAUCCUGUUACUGCGCUCCGGGUUUCCACGGCCCCAAAUGUGACCAAAUUUGUGGAGAGGGUCUUUACGGUCCGAACUGUGAACGAGAGUGUCGCUGUGACAACGGAGGGAAGUGCGUUCCUUCCACCGGAGCCUGUGAAUGUCCGGCAGGUUUUAUCGGAGCACGCUGCAACAUCACGUGUCCAGCUGGCCGUUACGGAGUCGACUGUGCUCGGGCGGCGCUGUGUGGAGACGGAGCCCAGAACAACCCGGUCACCGGCCGCUGCGUGUGCCUGCCCGGACGCAGAGGGGAGAACUGUGGCCACAGCUGUCCUCCAGGCUGGUUUGGGGCGGACUGUGUCCAGCGCUGUAACUGCAGUAAUGGAGGAGUGUGUGACUCUGCUAGCGGCAACUGUACCUGCGGUCUGGGCUGGACCGGAACACACUGCGACAAAGAAUGUCCUGCGGGGAGAUUUGGUGCCAACUGCCAGCUGACAUGUGUCUGUCAUAAUAACGGUACAUGUGACAGAGUGACGGGGACGUGUCAGUGCGGUCCAGGAUACUACGGACAUCAGUGUGAACACGCGUGUCCUCCUGGUCUCCACGGCCCGCUGUGCCAGCUGCAGUGUGACUGUAUGAACGGAGCCUCCUGUCACCCGGCGUCGGGACACUGCAUCUGUCCUCCAGGACACCACGGAGCUCGCUGUCACAGAGUGUGUGAACAGGGGACCCACGGUCACGGCUGUGUCAAGGUGUGUGACUGUGAGGACGAGGCGCCGUGUGAUCCUGUGACAGGAAGAUGCCUCUGCCCGCCGGGGAAGACUGGGCCCAGAUGUGACAUAGACUGCAGAGCAAAUCGUUUCGGGCCCGACUGCACAGAGACCUGCGAGUGUGAGAACGGGGCGCAGUGCGACCGACGCAACGGCGGCUGCAGCUGCCUGCACAGCUGGAUCGGACUCUCCUGUCAGGAAGGUGGACCUCCACGUCUCACCUACAGCAGCAGGGGUGACUCGCAACACGACAACUCAUUAUAGCACCAAGAGACUCAGGCUGGGACACAUCAGGUGUUUUGAUUGGAGUGACUCAAGUUGAGUGAAAAGUUUGUGACAGCUGGAAGACCUUCAUUGAAAUAGACUCUCUGGUUGAGAAGUUUCAUGUUUGGACCUGAGCUGGAUGAUAUAUCUUCCCCCCCUUCAUAUGCCAAAGUGUCCUUGUGAACUGUUGGAGCUUCUUUCAUCAGCCUGACCUCGCCGGUACUGGUGAUUUUUUUUUUUUUUCUUUCAGUCAGAGUGGAACAACGGGCAGCUUUCAUCCGCAGAGUGCAGCGUUGGGGGGGAUUGUGGGCGUGUCUACUGCACUUUUUGGUAUUUUGUGUUUAAUAGUUUGUCCUCAAAAUGCCUCCUGCAGGUACUGUAUAUAAAAUAAUCUAAUUUUUUUUAAGGAUCUUGGUGAUAUUGCUGGAUAUGAAACCAUAUUUCAUUACUUGUUUGUUUUAUGAAGUUGUUUUUCAGUCUAUACAACAUGAAGUACUCCCCUCAGUCUGAUGGUGCUAUGGUGCUUUACUGUACAACACAACAAAGACUUCUGCAGUGAAGCAUAUUCCUCUUGACUCAAUGUGCCUUAAUGGACAGCUGGAAAUGUUUCAGUUCGCUAAAGAUCACAGCUAGCAUUUGUUUGUACCUCCUCCACCGUUGAAUAUUUUUAUUUUGAACUGAAUUUUGUGUAUAAAUUUGCUUCAUAUUUAUAUUUCUCACAGUUGUAUGCCAUCUAAUAUACCGCAACUUAAAAAAAAAAGCAUCCUUGUUUCCACUGGAGAAAAAGAGACAAAGACACCCAGAACGAUGCCAAUAAAAGACACAAAACACAGAAA